UAAAAGACCUUCGGGAUCAAAAAUGAAUUCGCUGUUAAUGCAAACAAAUUGCACGUGACGAUUAUAGCGUUCAUGAUCAAGAACUUAUCUUUGCAUUAUAACAUGGUUGAGUAACUUCUCAUUUUAAGCGGUUAUACGCACGACCGACGAUGUACUGUGAUUGAGUAUUGCCGUCUUCUGUUUUCAAUUCCAGCAAUUAUAUUUUGCGACGGGAGUUUGUUGGGGUAGAAUGUUGGCUAUUAUGCACGAUGAUGUUGCAUUUAUUAGCAAGAGGAGCAAGUGGAUGUAUUUCAUAGUCUGUCCACAGAGCGAUGGAGACGAAUCAAAGUCAAAUGGGAGCGAAGCUUUGAAGUAUCAAAUGACUCUUGCGUGUCGUUUAUUGACGAAACCAUUCUACCGAAACACAAGACUUUACCAAAGCUCUUUGCGCAACGCCUUUCGCGAAUGGCUGUAACUUUGGCAAGCCUGACAUUAGCGUCUACUCUGCUCAUCGCGUUGCUUGCGUUUCUGGCUUCGAGCACCUCGGCAAGCUCGGCUGCUUUUGGUUUUGGAUUCGAUUCAGCGCUCACGUCAUUCUCGUCGUUCUUAAUAAUAUGGCGUUUCUGGACGUCGAACAAAUCGUCGGUGAGCUCGAUAAUGAGAAAGGAAAUUAUUGCUACCAUUGCUGUUGCAAGCAGCAUGGUAUUAAGUGCCGCUUGUGUAUUUGCUCGGGCAUAUCAGUCAUUGAAGCAACAGGAAAAACCCUCCGGCAUGGCGUUCGUCAUUGGAAUAUCUACGGGUAGUGCGCUUUUGUAUUUACUCCUGUUCGCCGCAAAAUACCGAGUUGCGUCGAGAAUGGGAAGUGCAGCGCUUAUGACCGAUGCCGUGGACGCUCUGAGUGGUGCAAUACUUGCCUUCACACUCGUCAUAUCGUCCGUGGUGUUGCAAUAUUCGCAGACUGUGUGGUUUUUGGACUCUUCAAUUGCGCUGCUGAUCGCCGUCUUCUCUAUGUUCUACGGCGUUCUUGUUCUCGCGCGUAUGAUCGCUGUGUACAAGGAUCGCAUUAUCGUGGCGUCUCCAACUUUAUAUAUCAUCAAUCAAAUGUAAUUAACUAAAUGUAAAGUUUUGCUGCAGCCAUGGCUUCAAUUGAUUUCUUUGAGAGAAGACUGCAGCAACGCCAUAUAAUCUAUCAUAGAAGCUAAACACAUGAUUGUGUGAUUUACCAUUUGACAGAGCUUAGUUAUUAUCAUAUUUUAUGCUGUUUUUUUAUCAUGUUUUUCGCAGUUAGAAUAAGUUGUAAACUUUUAAAACAAUUAGUCGGAUAAUGAAUAUGAGACCAUGCAAUUUGGCAAAACAUUCAACGCAUCCUAGAUAGCCGCGCUCAUGUAAACAACUUUCGAAAAUAAGAACCUCAAAUUUGUUAUAUCUCGUCAGAGAUGGUUGCUCGCUUUAGUCUUUCUUUUCAUUGAUCGCCUUCGUCCUUAUUGAAGGCUAUCCGAUAUGAUAUAAAAUGUAUGUGUUAGUGAAUAUCAUAAUUAGAUCAAUUAAGUGAUUGACUCACUAGCUACAUUCAAAAA